UGUAGCAUGUAGGCAAUCGUUUGACGUUUCUAGUUCUAAACUGUACGCCGUUUUUGAACGGUUAAAAAUGAAAGCUUUUCAGGUGUUAAGUUUUGUACUGUUACUCUUCAUACUGGGAACCGAUACCAGUAAUGUAAAUUCUCAGAAUAUGCCACAAACUGCGAGUAAUCAGGCAAACAUUGAUCUGAUCGAGGAAAAGAUUAAAGGCAUAAGGGAGGUCUAUGACGACAAACUAAAUAAAAUGUAUGAAAAACUAACACUGACAGAAAAACGUUACAGCGAUCUUCAGCGCCAGUAUUCCAAUUUAGCCGAAAUAGUACGAGGAUUUACAAGAAAGCGAGGUCUUCUAGACAGUCGGUCAUCACAAACCACAACUUCAUCUCAUACACAACCUAAGAUCGCUUUCUACGCACAACUCACUCAAGACAAGACUGCCCUUGGUGACCAUCAGCCCAUAGAGUUUGACAUGGUUACGACAAACAUAGGAAAUGCAUACAAUAAAGCAGACGGAAUGUUUACGGCACCGGUUCCAGGAACAUACGUGUUUUCAUGGACGGCCGCUAAUCAUAUUCGAAGUUUCAUGUGGUCGCAACUGGUUAUAAAUGGUUUAAUGCAUGGCAAAACUCUGACUGAUUCUGCAGAUCACAUUUCUGUGGCCUCAAAUACGGUUGUCGUAAACCUAAAAGCUGGCGAUGUUGUCUGGAUACGAACAAUGGCCGAUCACAGUCACAGGUUAAUGGGAUCCCAGUUGUCAACUUUCUCCGGAUGGCUUUUAUAUUCGGACUGAUAUUUCCCGCCAGUAAAUAAACACAAAUAGAAUCUAUGAAUUAUUGUGUCAUGUAAUCUGUUAA